AUGCCACCGGCUAAUUCGCCUAAUCACGAAACGACCCGCGCUGCGACCUCCUCGCCCACUCCGUUCCUCCAGCAGCUUGAAAUCAUCUCUACCCCCCCGAUAGACCUCGCCGCCACCCUGAUGAGUCAUCCAGAAGACUCUGCUCACGACCAGAAUGUCAGUUUCUUGCGGGGUGCUUGGGCGUCUUACGAUGAGCAGAAUACCGCAUCUGAUCAUUCCCGGGACUUGGGAUGGAGUCGCGUAUCAGACCCCAGCGUUCCUAGUCCGAGCAAUGUAAAUACUCUCCGGAGAUACCACCGAUCCAACAGGGAGGGUGAUCGCGUGCCGAUCGUGCGACGCCGCAGCGCUAGGCCAGGGGAUUACCGCGAGCUGCCCUCGCAGUAUUCGCAAUCUGUAUACGGAUGGUCUCCAGAGAUGGACGAUGAAUUUGAAGAGAGCUCAGGCCCGUCAUCGGCUGUUCUGCAGCGCAUGUGGCAUUCUCGGGACAUCGGGAGAGUCUCCACACGGUCCCUGGCUCCAACGUAUGAAUCGAGACGCCCAUCGUCCAGGCCUGCUAUAACUGUGAAUGGCGAAGAAGAAGCGCGAAGGAAUCGACUGACUCGCUACGACUUUUAUCGCGACCCUGCUCUGGUCACCGCAGCUUUGUUGCAGUCUGUUCGUCGCAAUCCGAGAAUACCCGGGAGACAGGUCCCAGAUUCGAGAAGUAGAGAGGACGAUGACUUCGAUGACCUCGAUGAUGAUAGACAAUCGCAACAGGCCAUUUUGGCGUCUCGAGGCAUUCACCCCCGCUCUCCUCCAUCGAUUCGGGGGGAGCUCUAUCGGAAUGAACUACGUCGAAAGUACUUGAAGGACCCGUCUAUCGAUCGCCUCAGAGAAGCAAUUCAGUAUUUGGACCGAGUUCGGUUUUCCAGUUCAUACGAAGAGAGCCUCUCCUCGGCUGCGGCAGGUGGAUUUGUCCAGUUUGAUUACUUCCUCCGCAACGAAGACGAUUUCAUUCUAAAUACUGACUCCAUCGCGGCUCCUGCUGAAUGUUCGUGGCUGAAACCAGGUGCAGUCUUUUCCGGUCAUCAACAAGCUACUAACGCCGGCUCACCACGCAUGCUAUCUCACCGAGUAUCUGAGUCCUCGCGUAUAACAAAUCCUACAACUAUGUAUGAGAAUGAAGGGGCUCGUAUUACUGUUCACACUAGCAGCGGCCGCCGUUAUUGGGCGCGCAACUCGGUGGAUCUCGGCCGCAGUGGAGCGGAAAGCGUAUCGAACCCCAACCCCAAGACAGAACACUGGCCUGUCAAGGUAACUAUUCAUAACAUCGAUUACAGCACAAUGACAUUAUCGGGGACAAUGGAAGCUUAUAAUAUCCCUGAUAAAACCGCCUCUAACCAAAGCGCUCAUAUUGUUACCUUCUUAGAAGGAGAAAUCAUUGACUUCAACACUCAUACAUUGGAAACUAAGAACUUCAACGCAGGGCCAGAAAUUGACAGCUGUUACUGGAGAGAAAUAGAGCCUUUUAAAGAUCAAACUUACGAUGAGAUUGUAAAAAAUCUUGUCAGCAAGAAAUGGCUUGCGGAGAAACUAGCAAAGGGCUGGAUUCUAAUGAGAUGGAAAGAGCGUUGCUUUGUUUCACCGUCCCACUCGCGCCAAGGGCUCACCAUUGGUGGAUUUUAUUACAUUUCCAUCCGUCGAGACAACGGCCGCAUCGAAGGAAUGUACUACGAUCCGGGAAGCUCACCCUACCAGCAACUAACCCUUGAGCCUGUCAUGAAACAGAAGAUGGUGUUCCCCGCCUACAGUUUCCGUUAA